AUGGGGGCCGCGGGAGACGCGAGUGGGCCUCGGGCGGGAGGGAGUGCUGUAGCGUGGCCAGACCGACCCGCCGACGAGGAGGAGGCUGGGACCAAGAACAAGAACAAGAAGAAGGGGGCCAGCAACGCGUUGGACAAGAAAAAGAAGAACCGCCAGCCCGAAGAAAACGACGACGACGAGAGCAGCGAGAGCGAGAGCGAGAGCGAGAGCGAGAGCGAGAGCACGGACGAGGAGGAGGAGGAAGAGGAGGACACGCUCUCUUCGUCGUCGUCGUCGUCGUCUUUCUCGUCGGCUUCGACCUCUUCGGCCAGCCAUUUCCGUCGGCCCGACAAGGAGGGCGCCCCUGCCGCCACCGCCACGGCCGGCGAGUCUACGGAGCCCGGCGGGGGCGGGGGCGGGUUGGGGCGUGGGGGCGGUGGCGGGGUGGCGGGUGAGGAGAGCAGCGGGAGCUGGGCCAUCCUCGGGCAGCUGGGGAGCAAGCCGCGCAAGGAGACCUACGGCGACGACAAGGAGUCGCGACGGCAGUACCGCCAGGCCAAGAAGGACUACGGCGAACGCAAGCGCACCCUCAUCGACUCGCUCACUGCCGACGAAGUGCGCGAGUACAAGAAGGAGAAAAAGGAGCUCACCGAAAAGGAGCGCCUCGAGCGCAAGCGCGAGCGGGACGAACGCCGCCGCCUCGUCAAGGAGAAGAAAAAGCUCUACAAGAAACCCAAGAUCGGGAAGCUCGUUACACAGGAGACCAAGAGCUAUGAGCUGGUGUGCGACAUGCUCCUCGGCAUUCGCGUCACCGUCUCCAAAGUGUCUGCCCGCCCUCUCCACGGCAACACCGUCAAGGACUCGGACUUUCGGGGGCGAGGGGCAUGCGCUCCCGCCUCGCCUGAGGGUGCACAAUCUGCGGUUUCCUUCGACGGGCUCCACGAGCGGCGUAAUCCCCACUCCGGCUCAUUCCCAAAGGCGGAUUUCACGUUCAGGGACUACGCCCCCGUGGUAUUCCGACGGCUGAGGGAGCACUUUGGCAUCGAGGCCGACGACUAUCUCAUCUCGCUCACAGGUGACUACAUCCUGUCGGAGCUCGUGUCCCCAGGACAAAGCGGGCAGUUCUUCUACUUUUCGUACGACCUCCGCUUCAUGCUCAAAACCAUCACCCGGGGUGAAGCCAAGUUCCUCAAGGCCAUCCUCCCCAAGUACUACAACCACAUCAUUCAGAACCCCAGCACGCUGAUUGCCCGCUUCUUCGGUUUCCAUCGCGUGGCACCGCAUCGCGACCGCAAGCACUACUUCGUGGUGAUGGGCAACAUCUUCGCGCAGAACCUCGAGCUCCACUACCGGUUCGACCUCAAGGGCUCGACGGUGGGCCGCGUGACGCCUCCGGAAAAGAUCAAGAACGAUCCCAACGUGGUGAUGAAGGACCAGGACUUCGACCGGUUGCGCAAGACCAUCGCCUUGGGUCCGGAAAAGCGUAAGGUGUUCAUCGACCAGGUCGACAAGGACGUCGCCCUGCUCGACCAGCUGGGCAUCAUGGACUACUCCCUCCUCGUUGGCAUACACGACCGUCGUCGCCUGCAAAAGGGACGCUCGCUGUCGAUGGUGUACUUGCCCAAGGCUGUGGACGACGAGCGGCUGGCUACGGCCAAGGGCUUCAACGCCGACACCGACACUGACUCCUCUGACUCGGAGUCGGACGAGGAGAAGCUGGAGCAGCACCACGUCACCGUGUUCACGCAAGACCAGGGCGGCAUCCAGUCGACCGACGAGGAGGACCAGGGCACGGACUACAUCUACUUCCUGGGCAUCAUCGACAUCCUGCAGCCCUUCAACAUGCGCAAACGCGCUGAGCACGGCUUCAAGAGCUUCCGCUUUGACGGGGACCAAAUAUCGGCGGUCAACCCGAGGCUCUACGCGCGGCGCUUCAAGGAUCAUCACGACGACGACGACAGUGACGAGGGAAGCGAGUCGAAGAGAGAGAGGAAACAGGCGCAGCUCACGGAUCCGCGUGGCGAAUCUGAUGGCGGCGGAAAAGUAACGGCGGCAGCGGACAAGCAACCCCGGGAGCGAGGAGCGGGGGGCGAGGGUGACAAGGUCAAGGAAAGGAAGAAGCGCACGGAGCAGGGGCAGGGACAGGCAGAGGGGCCUCCUCCCCAAACGAAAAAGGGCGCGACGAUGACGACGAAGCCCGCGGCCAAGAAGACGAAGAAGAACAACAGCAAGAAGAAGAAGAGCGAGGGCCAGGCUGCGACAAAGACGGCGGACAGCAGUAGGAGCUACGAUUACGAAGCGGGCUCUAGCGCCGGAAGUGAGGCCAGCAGCGGUGGCCUGCGAGAAAACCACGAAGCCGCAGCAGGAGCAGCCUCUGGGGACGGUAACUCGCCGCGAGUGGGCAACGCGGGCCUGGUACCCAAACAACUCAAGGUCGAAAAGAAGAAGAACAACAACAACAAGCAGAAAGCCCCCCGAACCUGA